AUGGCACGGAGACGGCGGCUUGGCCCCCCACAUUUAAUCCCUAUAUUCACAGACAUCUUUCUCUAUGCUGUCAUCGUACCUGUCAUUCCCUUUGCCCUUCGCGCCCGGAUUGGCGUGCCUGAGGAAGACGUGCAGCAUUGGGUGUCCGUACUGAUUUCUGUAUAUGGUGCAGCGCUUCUUGUUGGAAGCCCAGUAUGUGGUUUCCUGGCAGAUCGAAUGACGAAUCGAAAGCUUCCCCUCAUUUUGGGUUUGCUUGCGCUUGCAGGAGCGACUCUGCUUUUGUGUUUGGGUAAGACGAUUGGUAUCUUGCUGGCCGGGCGUGUGCUACAAGGAAUUAGUGCGGCAGUGGUUUGGACUGUGGGGCUCGCCCUCCUUGCCGAUACAGUCCCCCCUGAGAGUGUUGGGCAAGCUUUGGGUUAUGUCGGGAUCAGCAUGAGCUUGGGUAUCUUAGUGGCACCAUUGCUUGGUGGAAUUGUCUAUGCCAACGUCGGUUACUAUCCGGUGUAUUUUCUGGCUUUUGGGAUGAUCUUUCUGGACAUCAUAUUGAGAUUCAUGCUCCUAGAGAAAAAACCGGCAAGAACGUGGCUUCGUGAGCAGACUGCAGCAAUAAGAGAGGAACAGCAAGAGGAGAAGCCAGAUUCCACUAACCCUGCGGCCACCAAUGAAGAAUCAAUACCUACGAUAGAGCCAUCUCUAUCGAACUCGUCGUCUCAACAGCAUGUAAACCCUUUCAAAGCGCUGGGCAUUUUACUUUCCUCACGUCGCCUGCUCGCGGCUUUGGUCUGCACCUUGUUCCAGUCCGUUUUAUUGACAUCUUGGGAUGCCACUAUUCCAAUCUAUGUCAACCGAAUCUUUGGCUGGUCCUCUCUUGGUGCUGGACUAGUCUUCCUUCCACUCAUUCUUCCAACAUUCAUGGCACCACUGGUUGGUCGUUGGGCAGACAAGAAAGGGCCACGUUGGCCGACCGUGACUGGCUUCCUCUUCGCAGUCCCAUUUUUGGUACUGCUUCGCCUCGUCGAUCAUAACAGCAUCCGCCAAAAAGUACUUCUGUGCGCACUAUUGGCUUUGACAGGUCUUGCGAUCACGAACGCUUUGACACCUUUGGAAGCAGAGAUCGUGUAUAUUGUAAGACAUAAGGAGCUUACGCAUCCCAGAGCUUUCGGUGGAAGAGGGGCUUAUGCCACUGCUUACGGACUCUGGAAUAUGGCUUUUGCCGGAGGGAUGCUCAUUGGCCCGCUUUGGGGAGGGUUUAUUACUCAAGGCGCCGGGUGGGGGACUAUGAGUUGGUCCUUGGCCAUUCUCAGUGCAGCUGGUGCAGGCAUAGCUUGGCUAUUUAUUGGUGGUGAGGUUUGGAAGAAAACGCCUCCGGAAAGCGGCCACGAACAAAAUGAGCAAAGUAUAACAGAACAAGGGGUCUAG